AUGGCCAACUCUGGUCUGCAGAUUUUGGGGUUCGCCCUUUCCCUUAUCGGCUUAAUUGGAUUGAUAAUUGGCACAAUUUUGCCCCAGUGGAAGAUGUCCGCUUACGUCGGGGACAACAUCAUCACGGCGAUAGCCAUGUACGAAGGACUGUGGAUGUCCUGCGCCUUCCAGAGCACAGGCCAGAUCCAGUGCAAAGUGUACGACUCCAUCCUGCAGCUCAACAGUAAGCAAACCCGCGCCCUCAUGAUUGUGAGUAUCAUCGUAACCGUGGCCGGCUUGGGCGUAGCCUGCAUGGGAAUGAAGUGCACCAACUGUGGAGGAGAUGACAAAACACGAAAAUCCCGCAUUGCCAUGGUUGCUGGCAUCAUCAUCCUGAUUGGAUCUUUGUGUGCCAUUGUCGCCUGCUCUUGGUAUGCCCACGAUAUCAUCCAAGCCUUCUACAACCCUUUCACCCCCGUCAAUACCAAGUACGAGUUUGGGUCUGCCAUCUUCAUUGCCUGGGCUGGAUCAUUCCUGGCUGUAGUGGGAGGCGGCAUGCUGGCAGCGUCCUGCCCAAGAGAAAAGUCAACACCCAAGUAUCCCAUCUCCAGACCUCCCAGCAGCAAGGAAUAUGUUUGAGGCAGUCAGAGGCUGAAGGAACACUUUGACAUUCAUGCUAGUCCAAACUCUGAUAAUGAAACAUUGAAAAGAUGUAUCCCAGGAGGUGAUCAGUAAGAUUGUGUUUUUAUUUUUUUAUAUUUUAGUUUCUUCAGAACUUCCCUGUGAUGUUACUGUAAUAUGUUAAACACAUUAAAGUUUUUAAUAAUGGCCGUUUACUUCCUAAGCAGUUUAUUGGCCUCGUCCUGUCUGGAGCUACAGUUAGUGCUGACUGAUUUGUAUGCUAUGCUGUGUACUAGCCACUUAUUUGACACCUGUUAAGCACAAAGUUAAAAUUAAGGUGAAACCCACACAUUAAACAACUUGGCAUGCUACGAUGUACAGUGAUUUGGGGAAAACAUUGUUUGAAUGCACUGACUAGAAAUCUGAUGUGGUAAUGGACAACUCUUACACCAUUUAUGACUGUAGGUCAAACGCAGUCCGUGAUUUUUAGUGCCCGAGAAACAAUUUGCUACUAUUUCCAUUUAUCUGUGCUUAUUUAUAUGAAAACUACAACUCGUUCAGUGCCACUGACCAUUUAGAUUUAAUAAAGUGCUGGAGUGAAAUUGUAACUAUAUGUGAAUUAAAAUUAUUCUGAUUCCUUUUA